UAUACGCAUGCGCGAAAGAUUCACAUGCAGUAAGUGCGAAUCGAGCAAAACCUGCUGUAGAAAACAAACCAGUCUCAAGAGAUGUAACCUCAUGUAAUCUCUCUAGAAAUCUGAAUGUAACUAAAUAAUGACNACUCGAGCUAUUCGGAUGUUUCGGGGGUUAGAGGGUCUGUUCUGUGUGUACAAGCCCUCUGGUGUCCACUGGAAACUGGUGCGGGAUAGCAUCGAGACAACUCUUCUGAAAGGUUUAAAUGCUACACCGCCCCAACCACUUCCACAGGAGGUCCGCUUCUUGGCACACCCAGUGAGUGAGACUGAAGCACCCAAGGGACUCACACUGUCUGCAGUCUCUGUGCCAGUGCUGUCCGAGCAUCCUCUGGUGACUGGACCUGAAUUCCAGCAUAUUAAAGUUGGAGUAGGACAUCGCCUGGAUGCACCCUCCUCUGGUGUUCUAGUUCUAGCUGUUGGGAAUGGAAACAGGGCCCUGAAUGAUCUUAGAGCAUACACAACAAGAGUCACAAGGGAUUACACAUUGGAGGGUGAAUUUGGGACUGCAACAGAUGAUUUCUCUCACACAGGCAGAGUUGUGGAAAGGUCCACGUUCGGUCACAUCACGCAGGAUAAGCUGGACAGAGUCUUGGCGAUGCUGCAGGGAGUCAAUCAGAAGGCCUUGUUAUUGUAUUCCAAUGUAGACAUGCGCUCACAGGAAGCCUACGAGAUGGCUGCUCAAGGUCUACUGGGUCCAGACGGGAAAUCGACACCUAUUUUGACAGGCCUGCGUUGCAUUCGCUUCCAGCCCCCCAACUUCACUUUAGAGGUGCAGUGUCUGAAUGAAACUCAGAAAUAUUUGCGCAAAGUUGUGCAUGAGAUAGGACUCGAGCUGCGCAGCACUGCAGUGUGUAAAGGAGUUAGACGGACCAGAGACGGCCCCUUCACCCUGCAGGACGCCCUGACCCAUCACCACUGGACUGCUUCAGAUGUUAAGCAGGCCAUCAGACAAUACCACUCCUCCAAAAAAAAGAGAAAGGAAACCCACACAAAGAUCAAGGACCCAGCAUUACAACUACCUGAGGAGACAGUUGGUAAAAAAACUGAAACCUACAAUGAAGCAGCAGCAGAAGGUGGAAUUAAAUAACUUUUUGAUCCCAAACAUCUUACAAAAACAGAACUGCUCAACAGUGACCAGAUCGUGGUUGCUUCGAAAAUUGGACACAAUUCAUGACAUUAUUCUUUUGCAAACUUCUCUCUAGCUACAAAAAUCUCGUAUGAAUGUUCCAACGUUUUCACCUUCGUUAAAUGUGCAGGUAACAUCAACUUAUUCUCAGAAUCUUAAAAUGAAAGUGGUUUAUUUUUAUCAUUAAAUAAACUGAAAAGAGUUUUAAGGUGUCUGUUGUUACCGUUAGUUUAGUAGUUAUUUCAGUGUCUGUAAACGAGGGAUCAAACGGUGCAUUAGUACAAAGUGGUUGGUGCCACAUACGGAGGUUUUUGUAUGACAGGUGGAGUUGAAGCAGCAGCAAGAAUAAAUACAUAGAAACACCCAGUCUGCUCCCUGGUGUGCUUAUGUAGGCCAUAUAGAGGCAUCAGUAUUAAAUUGAGACUGUUUCAUAACCAGUUUAAAACUCCUUGUAGCAGGUUUAAAUCAACACUCCUUAAGGUCUGUAGAUGAGAUGAUGCAGCUAAUUUGUUAGCACACUUACUCCCCCAAGUGACAAAAGGUCAAAAUUUCUUUUCUGGCAUUGUUUUGUCGUGAUGUAUGAAACUAACCAGACAUAUCCUGUUAACCUGUUUAAGAACUUUCUGUCCGCUGCUGUGGUCGAGUGUUUUUGUCACAAAAAAACAACUUAACCGACAGCUGCCAGACAGUUUCUCACAGUGAAUAGUAAUAGAUUGUCUGUCUGUAAUACAGGAGAAAGAAAUGAUGACCCCAAUAGAAACUUUAACAAUGUUCAGUACACCUGGUUGAGAAAAUAAAACUGUACCAAUAACCUUUUGCCGUAACCCAUUCAAACGUUAUGUUACAGGUCUGUAAUUUCCUCAUAAUUUCUUGGGAGGUUUCCUGGUAAUUUGAUGCUAAAUCAUUCGAUACAAUAAUGAUACAUAAUACAUUGAUUAUUGGAAACUUUAUUCUUAUAUAAAUGUUGGAUUGUAUGCUUGUCUGUAGACAGAUUUGAGAAGCCUCUACAGCAGCUAUUAAUUGGAAGUUUACUGAUUGAACACUGUCUCUGCACUUUGUACCAAAUAACUGUUCUUUCCAGGAAACUUCUUGGAAAGUAUUCUGUUAUUGCAGACUGGUUAAAAAAAAAAAAAAAAA